GUAAACAACAACGUUGCUGUCAGCACCACUGCACGAGCUCUUCCGUUCUUAUGUGCAUCGUUCACUACCUAUUGUAGCUGCUGUUCUACGUCUGUUGAGGUGGUUCCUGCUAGGAUGACACGUCCGACACGAGAGCGUCGAAGCACAAAAGAAAAGUUGGAGACGAAGACAAAGUGCGAUUACAUGUGCAUCUGCAGAUACCCGUUAACCAUAUGCGCCGUCGUUUGUUCGUUCGCUUUGUGCUUCCUUCUGCUAUAUCGCUACUUGACGACAGAAGACUUUGCCAAGAAACGUCCUUACAUAGUCUGCAGUAGCGCCGCCUGCAUCGAGUAUGGGGUCCUUCUGAAAGCUAGUAUCAACCAAUCAGUGCCCCCGUGCAAGGACUUCUACACUUUCGUUUGUGAUCGCUGGGAUGGAGCGCACCGUACGUCGAUACGUGUAGCUCACCGCAAUCGAUACAUCCAGGAAGUAGCGAAGAACGCCAGGGAAUUGAAGGCGCCUGCCCAGAAUCAAAGUUUGCUGCAAAAGGCUUCCCGUUUCUUCCAGACAUGUGAAAACAUCGUUCUUGAGAAGAAGAAUGAGUUGGCAAUUCUGCGGAAUGUUCUCGAAGGAUUCAAUAUAUCUUGGCCCGCGUCAAGCUCUUCCCACGGUCUGCUCAAGGUAUUAGGGUAUGCAGAAACCCAUUUGAACGUUACGCCGUUGAUCACCUUCACCAAGAAACACGAAACGGGAACUUCCAGCAUACAAAUCAUCCCAUCCACAUUCAUUGCAACAUGGUCUUCCUUUAGAGCACGGUUCGAGAGCAAGCCGGCGUACGAUCAAUUAAUUACGGCCGCUCUUGGUUUGAUAGCAGGACCCAAACCAAAUCAGUCAGUCGUUGACAACUUUAGGAAACAGGAAGAGUACAUUGUCGAUAUUCUGUCGAAGAUACCGCCCUAUAGCAAGAGUUUACGGAUGAAAAAAUCUAAAUUUGUGGCAACAAUGAACAGUAUCAAUGUGGUGGACUGGAAUGAGCUGUUCCUUGAACUUUUCAACAUAUCCAAGGUCGAAAACGUUGCUGUUGAGUUGUGGAACACGCAUUAUUUUAAGGCAUUGAACAACCUCGUGCGUGAAAAGGGUCAGAAGCUCCUAGCUGACUUCUGUACUUGGGUCAUAUACCUUGAACUCGGGCCAUUGUUCAGCGCAGAAUUCUCAGAGUUACUAGCUACUGAACCAAGGAGCCUCACUUCAAGGCCGGAACGAUGCUUAUCUCUCACCGAAUAUUUCAUGGGCGUGGCCUUGACAACCAUGGGUGUCUACGACGGGCUCACUUGGAGUUCGCGUGAGGACAUCCGGCGCAUAGUAAAAAUUACCGAGCAAACAACAGGGAACUACGUGAAAAAUAUGUCCAAGGUGGGUUUCAACUACAGCCAAUUUCGGGCGUAUAAAAGGAGUACCAGCCUUUUCGGACGCCUCGCUAGUCACGCAAGUGUGAAGGAUGCCCAGCUCCUCAGCCAAGGUUACCCGGACAUGGGCGACAUUUUCGUGCACAACUACAUGGCAGCAGUUUUUUCCAGCAAGAUGCAACCCCCCGAAGUCCUGUCCCCCGAUAUCCGUUACAUCGACCGAGAGAACUACUAUCGAUUCUUCGACAAAGCAACAGAUCAGUUCCACGUCUGGCCCAUCGCCGCCGCAGUGCCCUUGUACAACGAGAACGCAACGACGGGACUUCGUUAUGGCAGCCUAGGCUCUCUCGUCUCCAUGGGACUGUUCGAAGAGUUUUACUACAACAAUGAUUCAAUGGACCCCAAAGGACGCGCCUUCUUGCGUCACUUCAAUACGUGCGUAGAACAUGCUAUGAUGUAUGAGCCAGGAGCCACGUCAUUGGAGGAAAUCUUCUUCCUCUGGGCAAGUUAUUAUCCCUUGUGGCAAGCAUUCUUGUCAGAAAACCAGCUGAGAGACAGACGAAUUCUCGGCCUCGAAGAAUACUCCGAAGAACAGACGUUCUUCAUAAUGUACUGCUACAUGCACUGCAGUGGAUCCGUGAACAGAACAUCCGGAAACUGUAACUUACCCCUAAGGAGUAUGGAGAGUUUUGCAGAUGCGUUUAGCUGCCCAUUAGGAUCAACUAUGAACCCCGGAGGCCAUUGUUCAAUAUACUAAACGCAUUUAAUUGUGUGACAUUAACGUGGUGAACUUGGACGCUAAUGUACAUACAGGGUGUUUGCUCUAACGUGUUCAGAAAUGUUAUUUAAAGCGAGCGAUAAAAGAAAAACGAGCGCUACAUUUCAGCUACUUGACUAAGAAACAGGUGCUACUAGUGAAGCAGUAUACCUGUUUCUUACUCAAGUAGCAGAAAAGUACCACUUGCUUUUCUUUUAUCGCUCGCUUUAAAUAUAAUUUCUGGACACGUUAGAGCAAACACCCUGUGUAAACCUCCAGCUUCGUUUCAUUUAAUUUGAUCCUCGAAUUAUUCACUUAUUCAUACAGUUUCAGGACGCACAGUAUGUUUGUCUCACGUGCGGUUGAGAUACUUCUAGCCAUUAUUAUCGUUGACACAGUCAAUUAUGCCAUGGAAGGAGGAGUAAUCACAUAUAUAUAUAUAUGAUAAGACGCAGCUACGCAGUGUAAUCAAUACAGCAUGGCACUGCAAAACAAUGGCAGCUGAGCAACCACAAGAACAGCAAUUCACAACUCAGCCGCUACGUAAACCUUAAACGAUGUAUCAAUCAGUAAAGUUGGUUGGUUGGAUGUAGAUGACGGUUAGUUGUUACAGCUCUACCCAUAGGCCUUAAGGCGUGAUAGAAAUCCCGGCGAGGUGUCGCAGUCAACCAUCUCCUUAGGAAGGCUGUUCGAGUGCUUAAUUGCAAACGCGAAAAAGGACUGCUUGAGGCAGUCGGAUUUGGACAUAUACUGGAUGAAAGUCUUGUUGUGCUUAAUGCAUAUGCUUCCGCCAACGCAGUAUGUACUUAGCUGCAUAUUAGAUAACUUGGGAAUUAUCUCCCAAAACGUUUUCGACAAUGGAUUCAAACCCUUGUAUACAGUCACCAUCCGGCUCUUUGGAUCAUUCCAGGAGGAGAGUCUGAGAGCGAUACAUAAUGCGGUCGUUUGCAAAUAAC